AUGUGCGGCGGAGCACUGUUAAGCUCGGGGCUAUGCCGAUUUUCCGAGCUCACACCCGGGCAGUUUGGGUUGACCAAACAAUUGGUGUUCCGUCUUGCUCUUCCACACAUAACACUUUUAGUUGUUUCAAUAUUAUAUGCAGUAUUUGGUGGUUGGAUGUUAACACUUAUCAAAUAUAGUCAACAAACUACACAUCAAGCUAUCAUGUUUGAUCAAACACGACAAAAUUUUGCAAAACGGCUCGCAUUAAUAGGGAAUAAAGAAGAAUUUGAAAGCAUUGUUGACGAAUUGGUUGAAAAAACUUAUGAUUUUUAUACAAUGGAAGAUGGACAUCGAUGGCAGGAAGCUGCAUUUAACGCGAAUCCACUCACAAACUUCACAUCAAACCUGUUCUUUGCUGCAACUACCUUGACUUCAAUAGGAUAUGGAAUCGAUGCUCCAGAAUCCCUUAUUGGACGUGUAUUUUGUUUGGUUUACCUCUUUUUUGGAAUCCCUCUUUACCUCAUUACAAUCGCUGAUAUGGCAAAAUUUUGCACGGAACUGAUGAAUCGUACUUAUACUGAAAUAAUCAAGUACAAAUAUCGAGUGAAACGGCGUUACAAGCGUUGGAAAUCUGGACGAAUUCGGAGAGAAUCAAUGAAAGUUGGCCAAGUCAUUAUUGCUGGUGGCGAGGAUGAAGUUGCAGAAUUCCUAUGGACUCACUUGGAACAUGCACAAUUUGUUGAAGUUCCAUUUUUAUUAGUUAUUGGAAUUUUGUUACUUUAUAUCGGACUAAGUUCUUGGAUUAUUUCAUGGGUUGAAAAUUGGAAUAUGAUGGAUGGAUUUUAUUUUGUGAUGAUGAGUGUGCUGACGAUUGGAUUUGGAGAUUUGGUUCCUCGAAAUGAAAUCUUCGCAGUUCCAAUUCUCUUCAUAAUUCUUGCUGGACUAGUUUUGACAACGACAUGUAUAGAUGUAGUUGGUGCAUAUUAUAUCGAUAGACUUCACUUCUUCGGGAGAAGACUUGAUGAUGAUCCAUUAUCCUGGUUGAAAGAGGUCCAGCAACGAAGGAUAGAAGCAAUGAAAAAAGAGGCAAUGAGAAAGUUGUUUGAAACUGUAACAGCGCUUCAUCACAUUCGGUUGACUGCAUUCAAACAACUUACUCAAAACUACGAUGAACAUCUUAGAGGAAAAGCUCCUGAUCCACCGAGACAUCUUAUUGCAUCUCAUGCCACGGCUGAUUCAGUUAUGCUCCGAUGGAGUGCUCCAAUUUAUGUCGAUGAGGGAAAACGUUAUUGGUACACUAUCACUUACAAACCACGAACACCUCAAAGACGGAAUAAUGUGGUUGCUGUUGAUUUUAUCAAUAAGGAUCGAUAUUUGGUUACUGGUUUGAAGUCUUUCACGUUGUACGAGUUCAGUGUUUACGUAACCACACGAUACGGACAAAGUGUGCCUAUCAAAGUACAAGAAUAUACAGAACCCUGCACAGUUCCGCAAUCAGUUCGAAUAGAUGCGAUAUCCGAUGAAACGGCGACAAUUUCAUGGAGAGCUCCAAAAAUGAAUAAUGGUCCAGAGUCCUACGUGAUUCAGUUUGUACAAGAGCCUGCACCCCAGUUUGUUUACUGGUGCAAGUACAAAGUUGGAUCAUCUACGAGAUUCACUUUGACAGACUUACAUGCAGAUACGAGGUACAUCAUCUGCGUAACUGCCGAGCACAACCAUGGUCUGGCGGCCAUGUCAAAAUCAAUGAGAUUCCGAACGAAAAAGUGGUGGGGUGAUGAAGAUAGCACCUGCUUGAGGAUUCCUGGAACGAGUCAUCGAUUAUCGAUAGCAUCUGCAAUUAGUACAUUGACUGCUUUAAGGUGACCUCAAUAUUUAUAUACUUCCAUAGCCA